AUGGCGAUCCAGUCUCUCCGGGAAAUAAAUGCCUACAACAUACGCACCUUCAGGCGCCACUAUGUCUCCGAGAUCUCAGGCUCGCUCGGUGAUCUGGGCACUUUCCUUCCCAUCGCUAUCGCACUAGCCAUCAACGGCACCGUCUCCCUCACCAGCACCUUGAUAUUCUCUGGUAUCUUUAACAUCCUCACCGGUGUAUUAUUCGGGAUCCCGCUCCCAGUACAGCCCAUGAAAGCCAUCGCCGCGGUCGCGAUCGCCCGCUCUUUCUCCAACGGCACGAUCGCCGCUGCGGGGAUCUUCGUGGGUGCUUGUAUUCUGGUUUUCAGCCUGACUGGUAUCCUGCGCUGGCUCUCUAACGCCAUCCCAAUCCCCGUCGUUAAGGGAAUCCAGGUUGGGGCUGGAUUGUCUUUGAUUAUCGCUGCUUCCAGUAGCGUGCUACAACCGCUGGGAUGGAUCAGCCCUUCGUGGGCGGAUAAUCGCGUCUGGGGAAUCGUCGCCUUUGUCGCGCUUUUGGUAAGUAACGUCUACCGCCGUGUACCGUACGCGCUUGCCGUCUUGGUUCUGGGUCUGGUCUUCGCUAUUAUUCGAACUAGCUUGGCCGGGCACUUGCCUGGUUUUGCGGUGUGGCAUCCGUUUGUUGUGAUACCGUUGCCGCAUGAGUGGAAGAUUGGUGCGAUUGAUGCUGGCAUUGGUCAGAUUCCUCUCACGACGCUGAACUCUAUCGUUGCUGUGGUUCAUCUGGCGAAUGAUCUGUUGCCGAACGUGCAUGGCCCGUCCAUCACCCAGGUCGGGUUGAGUGUCGCUGGAAUGAACUUAAUAGGCUGCUGGUUUGGUGCGAUGCCUGUUUGUCACGGAUCUGGGGGGCUGGCGGCACAGUACCGCUUUGGCGCUCGGUCAGGGUCGAGCGUAAUCUUCCUUGGCAUCUUGAAGCUGCUCAUCGGACUAUUGUUUGGAGAGACAUUGGUCGAUCUUCUGUAUCGCUUCCCGGCUGCUUUCCUCGGUGUCAUGGUCAUUGCUGCUGGUGUGGAGCUCUUGGGCGUUGGUGAGAGUCUCAACACCACCGGUGCUCGGGAUCUCAACCAGGCCGGUGCCGGUCUCGUGGCCAACGCACAGCAGCACCUCGGUCCUGUUCUCACAGACGAAGAACGAAACCGUCGAUGGACGGUUAUGAUGGUGACGGUGGGAAUGUUGGUCGGGUUCAAGAAUGAUGCAAUUGGUUUCAUAGCUGGUAUGCUCUGCCAUUGGUUCUACGAGAUUCCAGGUUGGCUGGAGAAGGGACGCAGCCGCUGGUCGGAGGGACGUCUACGUUUGGACAACUGA